GCGGCGGCGUGGGUCGGCCUGCAGUCUGGAGCGCCCCGAUGGAAAUACACUGUAAGCACGACCCGUUUGCAUCCAUGCAUAGACAUGGAGGAGUGAAUCAGCUUGGGGGGGUUUUUGUGAACGGACGGCCUCUCCCGGAUGUAGUACGCCAGAGGAUAGUGGAACUUGCUCAUCAAGGUGUCAGGCCCUGCGACAUCUCCAGGCAGCUUCGUGUCAGCCAUGGUUGUGUCAGCAAAAUUCUUGGCAGGUAUUAUGAGACUGGAAGCAUCAAGCCUGGUGUGAUCGGAGGAUCUAAACCAAAGGUCGCCACACCCAAAGUGGUGGAAAAAAUUGCUGAGUAUAAACGUCAAAAUCCCACGAUGUUUGCCUGGGAAAUCAGGGACCGGCUACUGGCAGAACGGGUGUGUGACAAUGACACAGUGCCCAGUGUCAGUUCCAUCAACAGGAUCAUCCGGACGAAAGUACAGCAACCACCCAAUCAGCCAGUCCCAGCUUCCAGUCACAGUAUAGUGUCCACUGGCUCCGUGACGCAGGUGUCGUCGGUGAGCACAGACUCGGCCGGCUCCUCGUACUCCAUCAGCGGCAUCCUGGGCAUCACAUCCCCCAGUGCGGACACCAACAAGCGCAAGAGAGAUGAAGGUAUUCAGGAGUCUCCUGUGCCCAAUGGCCACUCACUGCCGGGUAGAGACUUCCUCCGGAAGCAGAUGCGGGGAGACCUGUUCACGCAGCAGCAGCUAGAGGUGCUUGAUCGUGUGUUUGAGAGGCAGCACUACUCAGACAUCUUCACCACCACGGAGCCCAUCAAGCCGGAGCAGACUGCCGAGUAUUCAGCCAUGGCCUCGCUGGCUGGAGGGCUGGACGACAUGAAAGCCAACCUGACGAGCCCCACCCCUGCCGACAUUGGGAGCAGUGUGCCUGGGCCACAGUCCUACCCCAUUGUGACAGGCCGUGACUUGGCGAGCACAACCCUUCCUGGGUACCCUCCACACGUCCCCCCUGCCGGACAGGGCAGCUACUCAGCACCGACGCUGACAGGGAUGGUGCCUGGAAGUGAGUUUUCUGGAAGCCCCUACAGCCACCCUCAGUAUCCUUCGUACAAUGACUCCUGGAGGUUCCCGAACCCAGGGCUACUUGGCUCUCCAUAUUAUUACAGCGCGGCCGCCCGAGGAGCCGCCCCGCCCGCAGCUGCCACUGCCUAUGACCGCCACUGACCCUGGGGGCCCAGCACUUAUGACACAUAUCACUGAGGACGAUGGCCUCCCAGCCCCCCUGAGGACAGUCAGAGGGGCCCAAUGAGACUGUCCCCCAGGAGCCCCCUGACUUGCCUGAAAUUCCCUCCCUGCCUUUUUCCUGCCAGGAAUUCUGAGGUUCUGUGCUAGGGCGGCUGGGCUUCUUGACACGUGACCAUUUCUGAGUCAGUUGGUGAGUUUCCCUCAACAGCUGCCAGAUCUUCACAAACACAGCAGACACACCUGCAGCCCCAGCCCAGCCUCCGGUUCCCCAGCCAUCUGGCUGUCCACCCAUCUUGCCUCCCAGGCCUGGGAAAGAGAGCUUGCUUCUGUGCUUCAACAGCACUCAUGUAAAUACCCUCCUGCUUGAUUUUUUAUUUUGAAAUUUUUUUAAUGGUUCCUACCGAGGGUCCAGCAGAGCAGACUGCCCGCCUGUUCUGCAUCCUGCCUUCCCGGUGCAUCACAGGACUUCUUAGAGCUGUAGGCAGAGCACCCCCUCUGCCCCAGGGGCCUCUGCAGGUGGGCCUGGAGCUGUUCUUGAGACAGGACACAUCCCCCAGGGCCCCAGUCUCCUGCUGGCUGCAGCUUCACUGAUGUCUCCACCAAGAAGUUCCACGGGGCUGCCUGUGCUCCAGGGCCCAGGCCUGGCCCCUCCUCAAGGGAAACACACUUUGGGGAGAUACUCAGCUUUCCAGCCACCACUUCCCCAGGCCCAGUGAAGAGUGGGCAGCUCUCUUUUCCAUGUCAGAGGACUCACAAGGAACUUUCUGAGAGUUCUCAGCUACUGCUCUAAAGGGAGACACCUUCCAAGGUGUUGGCUGCAAUGUGGACUUCAGAUGUUAGGGCUGAAAGGGACCCAAGAGCUCAUGGGCCAAGGCGGACAUGAGACUGCACCCUGGGCCCUGGAAUGGCUGGACUGAACUGGGGCGUGUUUUCUGAGGAGGCCAGGCUCUGGUCAUUUUGGACACACCCACUGCAAACACUUUCCCACCUUCCAGCACCCCGAUGAGGGAACUCUGGGCUAGCCUGUCACUGUCAUGUGGACAAGGAUCAACAGGAAGGAUGUUUCCUGCACUGAGGACCAGGGGACUCCAGCAGCCAGCCACAACUCCGGGAGCUUCCCCUCCCGCCUCGUGGUGCUCAGCUCAUGCCUGGGAACGGAGGUUCUGGGGUGGAGGUAGGAGCAGAUGUCUCCACUGCUGGGGGCCUAACUGCCUGUUGAUGCAAGGGGCUGAGAUGGCCAGGGCUAUGGCCAUGGACAGGAAGCUUGGAGAACUCAUUGUGGGCUGGAGUGGUUGGAAAAAGCACCAGAGGGGAUCUGGAGGCUAGAGUUGGGGGUGGGGUGGGGGAGCAGAAGAAGGUCUCCUUGGAGAGAGGCAAGAGAAGCCGGUGUGUGAACUGGAAGUGGUUUUGAGUGGGGUGGAGUGGGGGAAGGGAAGUCCCCAUCUCCCUGCGCCUGGGGCUUCAGUCGGCUCCUUGCAGGGUCUCUUACCAACUCGGAACGGCCACCUCCUGUGACUCUCCCCCAUGUCUGCAUGUCUGCUGAUGAACAGAGAGCUGGGUAGCAGGAAACCUUCACUCAAGAAUCUCUGGCCUCAGAGGUCUUGUCCUGUUUAUGCCUCUGCCUUGCGGUGGGACCCCAGACAACCCCCCUCAUGUGCUUGGCCCAGGAUCACCAGACAGUCCUCCUUCCUGUUCUCUCUCCUAGGGAGUUGGGGUUCUGAUGGGAUUGUGUGGCUAGGCCCUCUGCUUCUGCACCGACCCUCAGGCAUGGGUAACUACGCCCUGCUAGUAGCAGAGCCAAGUACACUCAGAGCAGUGGGAAGAGACUUGAAAAAGAUCCCAUCCAGCUCUCCUGGGGGGAAACAAAGGUUCAACUUGGGGCACCCAGGGUGGCACAGGAAGGCAGAGCAUACCCUCUCUGACCACCCAGUGCUCUUCCUCCAACACCCCUACAAGUUGGCAGGACAGGAGAGAGAGGACACUGAGAUCCAGCUCAGUGGAGUCGCCAGUCUGUGACUGUCGGAAGUGAGGCUGGGAUUGGGUGACCCGCAGGGGACAGUGCUGGUGAGAGCAGUGGGAGAUAGUGCUGCCUCCACCUCCCUUCCUAGGCUGAUUAGAACCACUGAAGAGGCUGAGUCACUCCGGCAAGAGGCAAGAGGAGGGGUGAAUCUGCUGACAGCAAGCACACCCGUGCAUCCAGAGCCUGCUAAGCUAAGCAGAGAGCUGGGGCCAGGACCCACCUCCAGGAGUCAGGAAGAGCCCACUCCACCCUCCACCUGCCAGGCAAGGUGGGAGAAGAAAUAUAACCUGGUCCCUUAAUCCUGUCCACUGCCACUCCCUUGCAGGAAGUAGAGAGGUUGGGAAUUUGUGACACAGGCCCCUUGACCUCUUGUAUCCACAGUUUUGAGCCCUGGUUACUCCUUGCUGUCUCAGACUGGGAGGAGGUCAGUCUUCCCUGAGCCUACUGCCUGCCUGGCCCCCAGCCUGCCCUCUCCCGCUCCUCUGACCCAGGACAAGCUCAUCUCACGCCUUUCCUUUCUCACCCGACUCUCUGCUGGUCCUCAGAUCACAUUGAGAUUUCACAGACAGCACUUGAUUCCUGGGCUGCCAGGCACAAACAUAAGGGCACACAGAUGCACACACAUGUCCUCACACACAUGCCUGCCCUCCACAGCUCUGAGCCCAGGCGCAGCCCAGGAGAGCUGUCUGGAAGCUUGGAGAGGAAGGUUCCAAAGGAUACAAGUUGCUCAGUCAAGGCCAGAGAACGCUGAGUGGAAAACACAAGGCCAGAGCUUUCACCAGCACAGCGGCAGGAGGCCUGGGGCAUUUCUUUAUGGGCCAUUUGUGUUCCAACCCUGACUUUUUUUUUUUUGCAAAAGAAACUAUAAGUUUUAUGAAAAAAUGUUAAUGCCGUGAGUCUAACACCAACCUAAGAGAAAUGUGCUGGCAUACCACGCCCAAUAUCACUUUCCAGAGAUGCCUCAGUUAGGGUGAACCCUCCAUCACUGCCAUUUGUAUGGUGUUUGUCAGCCCUUCUCCAUCCCAGAGAAAAACUGAGACUUAGAAGUCAUGUGACAAGAUAGAGUUGAAAUGAAUUUUGAGAUUUCUGGGCCCCAUUCUCCAUUGAACCCACACUCUUGUCUUGGAAGGAAGGCUGCAUGGCUUAAAGAUACUUCUCAAUCUCCCACAGCCCCCCAUGCCCUGGGGCUGAUGAAUUUACUGAUCAUUGAAAUCUGCAGAGCCUUGACCUAGAUUCACACCAAGUCUGUUAAGGUUUCUGCCCAAUUCCUCCCUGCUGCUCUCUGAGGCUCAGCGCUUAUCCAAGGUCACACCACCAUCCCUGGUGGUCUGGGUGUAGAUGCUGCUCUGAAUCCCAGGGUCUAAGGGUCCAGUGUCAUAAGGUAUCCCCUUACUUCUCUUUUCUUUGUCCACCUUCCCAUGGAACAAACUCCAGGCUUUGUUGUAAUGAUAUGCAGGAGUGCUCCCAGACCAGGUCCAUGUGGGUAUCCACAGGCCUGAGAAUCACAGAUCACAGGGGCCCUGAACUGACUGCUUCCUGGCCGGGCAGCUAAAGUGACCUUGUCAUUGGGCAUCAGGGAGGGUGGUGCCUGAAGUGCCCAGAAGACUGGCCCUGACCAAUACACUGCAGGUGCCAAGACAUUUAAAAUGCUGUCAAUCAAAAGAAACAUCUCUCUUCCUUGUGCCUAGUACUUCUUUGCUUCUUCACCUGCUUGUAGAUAGGGAGACACGGCAUGCAGAGAGAUGAGUCUCAGGUUGUCCGGUCGGUUAAUGUCAGAAGCAGGCCCCCUCCCACCCCCACCCUGGGCUCUGAUCACGGGUACAGUAGGGCACUGGAAGGGGUGACAUUGGAGGGAACUGUAGCUGGGCCUGCCAUUUGUCUAGGGAAGAGCCAGCCUGGUAUGACCACAGGAUGUCGAGGGGUGAAAUCCCUUGAUGAUGAGUCACACUCCAGAGUGACUUCCAGCCCCUGGCUCUCACCAUUGAAUUCUAGAUGACAGUUCAGCUAGAAUCCAGCUCCAAGCCAUGGGGAACAAAUCUUAACACUAACCAGCACUCCUGACAAAGACCUGGAUGCAAGGUGUGUCUGAGACACUGCUCCCCACCCACCUCCCAUCACCCCCAGAUGAUGGAGAAAACUCCAAGCCCAGAAAGAAGUUGGUGGAUCACAGGCCACUCUGCUAGGAGGCCAGCCCUGAGGCCUUGGCCUUGGCCUUGUCACCCCUGCAGGAGCCUGCCUCUACUGGCUUCCAGGCACACACACUGGUCCUGCUGGCGAAUUUAUUCCUUAAGUUCUCUGGGCUUCAGAAAGGUCCAAGGCCAGUGCAUUUCUUAAAGGCAGCAGGAUACAUUAUUAGAAAGUUGGACAGUCAGGCCGUGACUCCUAGCACACAGACUGCCCCACCUCCAGGCAGCCUUUUCAGCCCCUGCCCCCACCCCCAUGUCCCUGUACCUCAGAAUUCCCUCUUGCAUAUUCAUGGUGGAGCCACAGUGCUGAUCCACACUUCCCCACUGACAGCUCACGGCUGCACCUCUAGAGUAGUGGCCGGGUCCCCAGGGGCCUCUGUGAUGCCAAGAAGGGGAGCCCCUCACCGCCUGCUUCCCUGUAGAGGGCUUUGAAUCUCUGACAAGGCUGUUGGUUGGAACUUAUAGCACCAGCUUCCUUUCAUUCACUCACUGUGACCACUCAGCCCUCAGGGGCUUCCCCCACCCCCACGUUUCCCUCUCCAGACUCAUAUCCCUGUCACCCUCGAGUUGCAGUUCCAGUGUUUCUGCAUCUUAGGCCCGUGAGCAGCAUGAGGAGAAAGUGCAGCUAUUUAUCCGCUGGAGUCUGGAGUCUGGAGGCCUAGUUCUCUGGGGGAGAGAGGGCAGGAAGAAAGAGACAGAGGCCCUUUGGUUUGGGGCAGCCCGGACACAGAGUGGGGCAGGAGACCUGUGGAACAUAAGGGAAGGGUGACUUUAUGGUGACAUGCCUGCCCCGCGCCCCUGGGCCUUGAGGGACAACUAGAGGAAGCCCUGCUGCAGCCACCCCAACUUGGGGGUCCGCUCAGUCCUGCAGCCAUACCCCCACACCACCCUCCUUCCCCCAGGUGCCACACUUGGGGCCACAUUCCUCCUCCAAAAACAUCACUAAGAACAAGUGAUUUGGGGGUUGAUGGAGUUUUGAUUUCCAAAUGGCAUCUUCCUUGGAGUGGAACAGAAAGGAAAGAAUUUAAUGGCUCCCUUAUUUUCAAGCAUGAAUACAUUUUAAUGAAACUAUCUUAUUGUAUUGAGGAAAUGGAGAGUUGAACAUUCCAACCGAUCAAUAGCCAAUUAAUUGCUAUCAAGCUAAAAAAUAAGUUCAGUCCCGAGUCCAUUUUUAAUGCCCUACAAUGCUCAGAGCCCAUGAAGCUGGCCUUUCCCUACAUGUGUACACACGAGUGUACACACACACACACACACACACACACACACGAGUGUACACACACACACAUACACCCUCCACCUCAGACUUUCUUCUUGCCUGCUCUCCUUGCCUCUGGUCAGAGAAGGUGAGCAGACCGGGCAGUAGCCUGUGUUAGGGUCCAGAAAUAGGCAGGCCCAGCCCUAGGCUCCGAUCCCAGUCCCCAGCACAGUGUGGGUCUAGGGCAGAAUGGACCCAACUUCUUGGCCUUCUGGACCUCCAAGUUCAAUCAGAGGGUAGAAAUCUGACUGGGUUUUGCCCUGAUUCUUGCUAGAAGAUGCUGUCCUAUUUUUUGGUUUGUUUUUUUUUCCCCAUCCCCCUAGUGGCCUUUGGACAUUGUUUGUAACCAUAGAAAUGCAGAUGACAUUGCAAAUGGAACUCUUUGCCAGGAAGACACAUGGAGUUUCCUUUCCUUUCUUUGAGACAGUGGACUUUGUCUUAGGGACUGAGCUUCCAGCAUCAAAGAAAUACAUAUCUACUGUGCCCGCCAAAGUUUGUGAUGCCUGCAUAGACGCUUACUUGUAAAAUAAAUAAAUAAAUAAUAAAUAAAAAUGAUAAAAAAGCAACAACAACAACAAAAUAAACCACAAUUGAAUUGCCUUUGAAAGUGGGAGAUGGUCUGUCUCCAACAGAUUGGGGGGGCGGGGAAAUGCUUCUUAAGAUGUGUAUGUUUUGUAUUCUUUUUUUCUAGUAGAAAUAACUGACUUGAAAUCUUGGUGGCUUUUUUUUUUCUCUUAGUGGUGUGUGUUGCUUUUGUGUGUAAUAAUAUUUGAAUGUAAUUACAGCAGUGCCAAUUUGCCAAAGAUGUUGGACCUAUUUUUCUUUUGUGGGGAGGAGGGCAGGGGCUGGGGGUGGGGCUUGGGAAAAAACAGGGAUGGGAGUUUGUUUGAAAUUUUUUUCUUUUUUACUUUUUUUUUCUUGUCAAACCUGGAAUUUGUGCUUUUAUUCUAAGUUAAAUGGUUGACUGCAACACCUUUAUUUUAGAUUAGUUGGAAAAACUUGCAAUAAGAUUGGCGUAGUUUCAAUAUCUGUGUGUCUUUUCAUGAGUGACUGUUAACUUGUGAAGAAUUGAUUUUAUGUAACCUUUAUGUGAGAUAAUUAUUUGUAAAUAUUUGCCAUAAUUUUAUUGGUUCCUAAAAUAAAAGUAAUUUUUUAAGUUCA